UUAAGAAAAUAUAUAGGUAGGAUGAUAUGAACAAAAAUGUCAAUGGUAAGAAGCAGUACUCAACAUGAAUCCAACACCUACACCUACAUUUCAUGAAUUGAAGAAACAAGCUUCAUUUUUCCUCAAGGAGAAGAUCAAAACUGCACGAUUGGCCCUCACCGAUGUCACACCAGCACAACUAUUUACCGAAGAAGCCACGGACGGGAAUCCGGGCUGCCCGGAUGCCCGGGCUCUGAAGCUCAUAUCCAAAGCCGCUUUCGAAGUUGACGAUUAUUGGAGAAUUGUCCAAAUUUUGCACAAAAGAUUGGUAAGUUUUGAUAAGAGAAAGUGGAGGGCUUCUUACAACGCUCUGAUUGUACUUGAACAUUUGUACCAUGGGCCUCAGAGUGUUGCUCAAGAGUUUCAAAACCAAACAGAUGUUAUCGCGGAAAUGGGACGAUUUCAACAUAUUGAUGAAAAGGGAUUUAAUUGGGGUUUGAAUGUGAGGAGGAAAUGUGAGAGAAUCUUGAGUUUGCUUGAGAAAGGCCCUCUUCUCAAAGAGGAGAGAGAGAAGGCUAGAAAUAAGAUCUCAAGAGGGAUUGAAGGAUUUGGUAGCUUCUGCCUUAGAACUUCAUCAACUUAAGAAAUUAAUCAAGAAUCAUCGUCAAAAACAUUUGAAAGAUGUAACUCUCAGUUCAACGAUCGCUCCAAUCAAGAUGUUUUCACAUUCACCUCAAUUGAGAACGACUUCGUCAACGCAUGUGUAGACAAGCCAUCUCCAAUAAUGGAGAUCAGUAUGAGAACUCAAUUAUAUACUGAACAAAAUAUUAUUUCCGACGAGACAUCCAAGCCUAUGUUGAAUGAACAGAGAAACAAGUCGUAUGAGAUAGAUAUGGCGACGACGGUCGACGGAGAUCAUCAUCCAUUUGAUGAAACUGAAUGUCUAACAUGUCUGUCGCUGCUUCCAACUGCACAAACAACUGAAAAAUGUGGAUUUUGAGAUGAUUUAGUUGGUGAAGUGAAUGUGCUAUAAUAUUUUAAUAGUUGUUGAGUUCCAUAUAUGUCUUCUUGAUUGAGCUAAAUAGAG